GGGUCAAGCUCCAGUGCGUCCAUCCCGUCCACUCCGGGCAGCGUGGGUUCCAGCACAGAGCGCCACCUGGCAGAGUUCGAAGGUCACGCCCUGCAGUACGCCGCCAAGAGCCUCCAGUCCCUCUCGUCCCGUCAGGCGAGUCAGAAGGAGGGUAGCUCCGAGCGCUGUGCCCGCUUCUCCGUGCGCUCCUUGGGCUGGGUUCGAAUCGCCGAGGAGGACCUGACCCCGGAGCGGAGCAGCAAGGCGGUGAACAAGUGCAUUGUGGACCUGUCGCUGGGCCGGAACGACAUCAAUGACGCCGUGGGGCGGUGGGGAGAUGGCAAGGACCUGAUGAUGGAGCUGGACCACGUGAGUCUCCGCCUGGUGGACCCCGUGGACGGCGUGACCCUCAACUCUCAGCCCAUCCACUCCAUACGGGUCUGGGGGGUCGGACGGGAUAACGGCAGGGAGAGGGACUUUGCCUACGUGGCCCGUGAUCGCGUGACCAAACUACACAUGUGUCACGUGUUCCACUGCGACACACUGGCGCGACACAUCGCCAACACACUCCGGGACAUCUGCAAGAAGAUCAUGCUGGAGCGGUCUCUGCAUCAGUCCGCCGUAGCCAGGCUCAGCCGACCCACAGACCUGCCCAAUCUGGACAAAGUUAACCACCCCAACGGAGAGAAGUUGUCUUUCCAGAAUCUUUACAAUAACGCACGGUUCCCUACCCCUAUGGAGGAGCCCCGUAAGGUGAUGAGGUGCCACUACCUUGGGGUUCAGGAGGUCAUGAGGCCCACAGGCCGUGACAUCCUGAACGAGGCGAUCCAGUACCUGUACUACCGCAUCCCCCCGGAGAAGUGGAAGUUUGUCAAUGUGGCCAUCGCCCCGUCGACCAUCACCAUCACUGAGCACGGGAACCCUGAUGGUAUUAUUGAGGAGUGCCGAGUUCGAUUCCUAUCCUUCAUGGGAAUAGCUGUGGACAAUGUCAAGCUGUGUGCAUUCAUCAUGCACACCUCACAGAACAAGUUUCUGUGCCACGUGUUCCACUCGGAGCCCAGCGCUGGGCCAAUGUGUAAGACCAUCGAGGCUGCCUGCAAGCUGAGGUAUCAGAAAUGCUUGGAUGCUCACCCUCAAACCCCAAAGGGUGGCCUGCAGGGAAAGUUCUCUUUGAAAAGAAGCCUCAGCAGUAGCAUCAAGCAGAGCAUACAGUGUGUGUGGGGCUCCGUCACUCAGCUGGCCUCUCCCAAAUAGUUCAAGGCCAUGCCGGGUCGUGACAAGGUCAAGUUGAGCGUGCCAAUGGCAGACCGCCACCGCUCCUGUCUGCUGCAUAUGUACCUUCAAUCAUCUGUCGUGACCCGGCUUAUAAGGAUGACCUUGGCAUUGAACUCUGGAUGCCAGUGCAUCGACUCUUUUGAUCUGUACUAAUUUUCAAUAUAACAAUUACUAUGUAUUCAUUUCAUCAACUGUUGAGCUCUGAUUUGUCAUAAAGGAACGUAAUAAGUCCAUGUAUAUUUGAAAAGAUGCCACCUCUUAUGUUUAUCAAAAUUUCUGAAAAUGCUGGAAUUCCAGGAACUUCUAAUUGUUCUGGAAAUCUUUAUUUUUCUUUUUUGGCAUCACGUAUGAGAGAGUUUAUGUACAAGAAAUAUUGCUAGAUGUGGAUAGACCUCUAAUCUUGUAACUUUUUCUCUUGAGACACAUCACUGUUUGCACAUGAACGCAAGUAAUGUGUUCUGAUUGUUAAUUAAGGACUGGUAUUUUAGGGAGCUUUUGUCAUGCUGUUUUUAACCCUGGUCGUAAAGCAUUUAUUUAUUGAUUUAUUGGCAUUUCAGUGCAAUCAUGUAAACACAAGUAUUCAUAGCAGCUGGCAAAGUAAUGAUAUUUUUGCUUGUACAUUCACACCGGCAUAUCUUUGUAGUCUUGUUUUAUUAUUUGGGUUGUUUUUUUCUCUGUGGGAUUUCAGUGACCACAUUUCUCUUUCUCAUCGUAAAUGUGCUGUAUCAUCUCUCUCUUGUAACUUUUAGGUGUAUUUGUUUUAGGCCAGUAGCUUGCUGUGUGUCUUUAUUGUUUGAGACUACGAAUCUCCCAGGGGGGGUAAAUGUGUGUGCUUCGUUGAUAGCACUGCAGACAGACUGCCACAUUCAUGUAGCAGCGUUUAACUUACUGUCUGAAUUUAUUUUUUUUGAACACUUGGCAAAAAAAAAAAAAAAA